AUGCACAAAUCAACAGUGAUCGCCGAUGAGGCAAAUCUGGAGCCCGACGUACUUGAGGAUUUAGUAACGGAUUUAGAUCCAAGCGCAAUUACUGAUGUCGAUUUAUCAAUACUUGUUGCUUCUAGCUCUUUUUCGGAUAAUGACAACCUGACGGAUUCAUUGAAAGAAAACAAGAGAGAUUGUUAUCGGCUUGAACGAAUAAAGGAGUGGCGCGAAAAGCUAAAUCAUUUGUUCGAGUACAGAAGCGCCUCGAAGAGUCGUAGAGUAAUAAGGCGGAAGAACAGUGACGAGUUCAGCAGCAGUGUAAAAGUGUUAGCAGAUGCUCUGAAAACUCACGUGCGACCAGAAUACUUGCACAGCGUAUUAGAAGAAUAUGCCGUUAAACUUGUCAAAGCGGGCGAAGAAUUGGCUGCAUCAGGAUCCGAGGUGAAGAAAUCUUUUUGUAUUGCGCCUGAAUGUUGUGGAACUGUUGGACGCCGUUGA